AUAUAUAAAGAGAGAAAAGAAAGGCACAAGUUAUUCGUGAUAUAUAUCUGUUGGGUCCAAACACCGUGUCUAUGACUAACGUGGCACGUGUACCGUAUGUUCUCUGUCGUACCCGCCCCUUCUAUCAAUCAUCUUCUUCCACACACACCAACCUCCUCUUCAAAUCAAUCAUCAGCAUCACCGACCUCUCUGAUUCCUUCUAUAUAUUCUAAAGCCUGAGAUACCUACUGCGUUAACUUCAUUGGAAGCUGUUUGAACUGUAAUUAUUGAUUGUAGAGAUGUCAUCCAUGGUAAAGCUUCCUUCCUCCAGUGAUAACAAUAAUAGUCGUGACGAUGGUCACGAACAGCUAGAUUUUCUCCAUUCGACGACUGUCGCUGGCGCCAAUCUCUCCCUUUCACCGGACGCGUUUCUCGGAGCUGCUGCCGCUCUCAAAGAGCUGGUAGUGGAGGGGACGUGGACGGAAGCGUAUGGCGGAGGUGGUGAAAUCGUGGAUCCGACGGUUUACACCGGUCUGUUAGGGACAGCGAUCACCUGCUUGCGGUUCUAUGAAGCUACUGGUAGUCGCGAGGAUUUGCAAUUAUCUGCUAGAAUCGUCAGUGCUUGUGCUGCUACAGUCGCUAAUACUUCCACUAGCAGCUACACGACGUUUUUGUGUGGAAAAGGAGGGAUUUAUGCGUUGGGUGCAGUGAUCGCGAAUCAUUGUGGAGACGUUAACAAACGCAACUUUUAUCUUGCCGAAUUUUUGGAGUUGGCGCAAGAGAGAGCUCUUCCGGUGGGGCCCAAGGAAGGCGGGUUCGGGAUGUCAUACGAUCUUCUACAUGGGCGUGCAGGAUUCUUGUGGGCCGCGUUGUUUAUAAACAAACAUAUCGGCCCCGAAACCAUAUCAUCCAAUCUCCUCAGCCCCAUAGUUGAGGCUGUAAUUGCAGGAGGGCGUGCAGGUGCGUCUGAUCAUGCCCUCUGCCCCUUGAUGUACAGAUGGCAUGGGACCCGAUACUGGGGUGCGGCCCACGGACUUGCAGGCAUAUUACACGUCUUGCUUCAUUUCCCCUUAUCUGAAGAUGACACGGAGGAUGUAAAAAAGACGUUAAGAUACAUGAUGAGUAAGAGGUUCCCUCAGGGUAACUACCCUUCUAGCGAAGGCAACCCGAGGGGUAAUUUGGUCCAAUGGUCUCAUGGCGCUGGAGGCGUGGCCAUCACCCUUUGCAAAGCAGCUCAGGUAUUCCCGCAAGACCGGGAGUUUCGGGAUGCAGCGAUUGAGGCGGGAGAAGUGGUGUGGAAGAGCGGGCUGUUGGAGAAAGCAGGGCUUGCUGACGGGGCGUCUGGGAAUGCAUAUGUGUUUUUGUCUUUGUUUCGUCUUACGGGAGAUGUUAUAUAUGAAGAUAGAGCAAAGGCGUUUGGUGGGUUUUUAUAUGGGAAUAUCGGGAAGUUAAAAACUAAUGCAAAUUCUCACGGACAUGGUUUUUCGCUUUUUCAAGGACUUGCUGGAGCGGCUUGUUUGUGGUCUGAUUUAUACAGACCAGAGGAUUCGAGAUUUCCUGGAUUUGAGAUUUAAGUGUGUUUUAAUUUAUAAUGUGAUGGAAGUGGGAUUGAGUAAUGGAUACGAUGUCAUGAAGCAAGGUACCACGGACCUAGGGGGUGUUGUGUAUAUAUAGUAUGUUUCUCCCUAAGGUUAUGAUUCUCAUGUUAACAAUUGAGAAAUCAUUGUACGGGUGUAAGCACUUGUAGCAAGAAGCGGAUGUGUAUGGUGGAGGGUUGAACUUUGUUGAAAAUGACGUGUGACGUGGAUUUGGUUUAUUUAAGGUACACACACGUGAUACAGUUAAUUUUAUGCAAUUGAUAAUCCUUACGAGAUGAAAA